AGGUUAAUCUCAACACAACUCUUUGCUAAAUGCCCAAAAUGAUUCAACGAUUCUUCUCGCUCUUCUCACUACUUUUGGUCAACGAAACGAUGUGUGUUCAUAACGAAACAUCAGCCAUUCUUAAUGACAUAUUUGUUGGGUACGAUAGACGAGUUCUUCCAUUUGUUCAAGGACCAGUUUUGGUGAAUAUGACUAUUGUGUUGGGGAUUUUAAUUGAAUUAAAAGAAAAUCAACAACUCGCUGCUUACGUGAUAUCUCAUACACAAAGAUGGUAUGAUGGAAGAUUAAGCUGGGAUCCAAGUAAAUAUCGAGGUCAACGAGAAGUUAUUGUUCCACAAACUAUGGUUUGGAUUCCGAAAUUGUUUGUUUAUAAUAGUUUGGAAUCCAAGGAUAUGUUGACAGAAAAUCGAGCGGACGUUCGAUUGUACCACAAUGGGAGAAUUAAAAUUAACAUACCCCAAUACGUUCAAGCAAUAUGUCGAAUUCAAACGGAAUCUUUUCCUUUUGAUUGUCAAUUUUGUGCAGUCGCGUUAGCUUCUCCCUUGUUAAAUGUGAAUGAGAUGGUUGUUAAUGCAACACAACCGCCAAGAGACUCGUAUUUCUCGGGAAACGCAGAAUGGUAUCUUUUCAAUGUGACUGUCCGGCAUAUGACAUUCGAAGAAGAAGGAGAAUCAAGAGUUGAGAUCCAUUACGUCUUCCACUUGCAACGUCGUCCAAUCUACUACAUAACCGUAAUCGUUGCUCCGACGUUCUUGAUUUCAGCACUAUCAAUACUUGGUAUUUUCAGUCCAGGAUCCAAUGAUGGACCAAGAAAUGAGAAGGUAUCACUUGGUCUGGGUAGUCUUCUAGCCAUGACAGUUCUACUUGGAAUUGUGGCUGGAGCUAUGCCAAAAUCGAAUGAUAUACCGUUAUUAGGAUAUUAUAUUCUUGCGGUUAUUGUACUUUGUGCAGUUGCUGUUGCAAUUUCAAUGAUGUUUUUGGCUGUUACAAGGCAUUAUAUUCAGAAAGAACAAAUGCCUUCGAAACGAAUUCUUCGAUUUUUAUUCCUUCAUGAAUAUCGAAAAAGAAGAUCGACUGUGUUUCGUGGAGUACACAAUUAUCGAUUCAAUCAGGAGUGCGAUGACUUGAUGUACUCGAAGGUUCCUGAAAUUCAAUCGAUUUGCAUGAUGAUGGAAGAAAUUGCUGAUUCACAUAGGAGUAUGAGGAGAAAAGCUGAUAUGAAAGCAAAUAAGAAAAUGAUUGAACGAGAAUGGGCUCGAGUGUUUGCUCGUUUUGAUUAUUUCUUUUUGGCUGCAUUCGAAACUCUAAAUCUCUCGGCACUUGUUAUUUUCCUUCGAACCGCGUGGCUUCCAACUCCAGAGCUCAGAGAGCAAAUUUUAUAAAUUGUGGAAAUUAGAAAGUGUCUAUUGUAAAUACUGGUAAACUAUUGAAUCUAAUUGUGAAUUUUCGUUUUUGUUAUCAAUUCUUUUUCUGUAUUGUAAAUAAAAAUUUUACAUUUUAAU